UGGACUAUGACCCUAUUUGUCCACAGGCAAAAGUCUCUCCUGCUCUCCUCAGAUUUAAGUCACUGUCUAAGUAGGCACUGUGCUACCUACCAGGACAACUCACCGGCUACCAGGACAACUCACCGGCUACCAGGACAACUCAUCAUGAAGAAAAAAUUGCUGGGCGCUGCUGUAGGAGGAGCUCUGGCUGUGGUAGGGGCACCUGUCGCCCUGGCUGCUAUGGGCUUCACUGGGACAGGCAUUGCAGCUGCCUCCAUAGCAGCCAAGAUGAUGUCUGCUGCAGCAAUUGCCAAUGGAGGUGGAGUUGCAGCAGGAAGCCUGGUAGCUACACUCCAAUCAGCAGGGGUCCUUGGACUCUCCACAUCAACAAAUGCCAUCCUAGGGGCUGUUGGGGCAGUUGCUGGAGCCUUGCUCUGAGCUUAGGAGAUGACACUUCUAUCAGCUCAACUCAAAGCCUGUACAGACUAUGCAGGAGAUGAAGUUCCAAAAGGCACCUUCAGAACCCUCACUGAUGUCAAAGAAUGAUGAAAAAUAAAGUAUAUGGGCUGGUGUUCCUAA